GGUGGGAUGGGCUGAGGAUUUAGGAUACAGUUUCAGCACCAGAACCCAGCUGGACACAAACUGUUCAGAAGGAAAGGACAUCAGAUCUCUGUCUGCAUCCAUACAGCAACCUCCUGCAUCCAAAAUGCUCCUGAGGAGUCUCCCGUUGCUGGCUGUGCUGGCCCUGUCCUGUAGCCAGGCCCCGGAAGAGCCCAAGAGCAAGUCGAAGGUUUGCGCCAAUGUAUUCUGCGGAGCGGGCAGGGAGUGUGCGGUGACAGAAAAAGGCGACCCAACCUGUUUAUGUAUUGAGAAAUGUAAAUCCCACAAACGCCCAGUGUGCGGCAGUAACGGCAAGACAUAUCUGAACCACUGUGAGUUACACCGCGACGCCUGCCUCACUGGCUCCAAGAUACAAGUGGACUAUGACGGGCACUGCAAAGAGAAGUCAUCAGACGUCACCACAACCAACAGCCCAGUUGUGUGCUACCAAGCUGAUCGUGAUGAGCUGCGCAGACGCGUCAUCCAGUGGCUGGAAACAAAGACUACACCAGAUGGCUGGUUCUCCAAAGGCAGCAACUACAGCGAGAUUCUAGAGAAGUACUUUAAGAGUUACGAUGAUGGCGACUCCCGUCUCGACUCCUCUGAAUUCCUCAAAUUCCUGGAACAAAACCAGACGGCCAUCAACAUCACAACUUUCAAGGACGAGGAAACCAACAAGAUCCUGCGGGGUCUGUGUGUUGAGGCUCUUAUUGAACUGUCCGAUGAGAAUGCAGAUUGGAAACUGAACUUCAAUGAGUUUGUUAAGUGCCUGAACCCUGACUUCAACCCUCCUGAGAAAAAGUGCGCUUUGGAGGAUGAAACCUACGAGGAUGGCGCAGAGACCCAGGUGCAGUGUAACCGCUGUGUUUGUGCCUGUGGAAACUGGGUGUGCACCGCCAUGGCAUGUGAAGGGAAGGACAUGCAGCCGGAGGAAGAGAUGGCCAGAUAUGUGGAUGAACUGAGAAAGCAUCAGGAGACGGUGGAGAAAUCCAAGCAUGGCAGUGCCAAGGACAUCUAAAACGUUGGCACAGAUUCCCUGCACUGCGGGGCCAUCAGGACAAGGCCCCGUUACUUAGCCUAUAGGACCGGCAGGGAAAUCUGUCUUUAUCUAUGUCAAGGAAAACUAAAAUCUGUAGGGCAUAGGUGCAACCAGAGGGAAGGGGCUUUGGGGGUUUUUAACCCCUGCCAAAAACCAUUAGAUCACUUAUCAUUUCCAUGUGGCAUGCAGCCACGUUUCUGUCUGCUCCCUGACUUGUCACACAAUAAGGCACCCAGCUGGGGAUCUCCAAGCAGUUCCUUCCAUUGCCUAUUGGUGGCACUGUUCACUGAGAAUCCAUAUUAUGACACUUACUGUAUAAUAGCUUUCUGCUACUGAGUAUGCAGUGUGUAACCGCCUUACCCAGAAUGCAUUGUGAGAUUUGAUAAUGCCAGACGCCCUGGGACUGGCUUGCUGUAUUGUGAAUUGCAUUACCAGAACCAAAUCCAUUCAGCUGUAGCUGGACCCCAUUUUAUUUGCACAAGAUUAGACCGGUCCCUCUUUAGGACGAAUGAUCCUUUGCUGGUUGCCUUAUUGUCACUUUAUUGACACUUUGUAAGUAAUGCUUGAUAUUGAAUAGAGAUAAUAUAUCUCAUCUGAGGGGUCUCUGCACAAAACCAAACUCUGUCAGUUAUUUUAUUUUUUAUUGGGACCAGUUAGUGCCGGAGAGAUGUGUUUACAAACGCGAAAUGGCGUUUUAUCCACCAGAAUGUGUUACUGGUUCUCAUGGCAUCUAAGAAGCUGUAGCGUGCGCAGUCCAGUAUCUGUCGCUAGGUUUUAUACGGUUCUCGAUAAUUCUUGGGGACAGAUUAACCCAGAGUUAACCAACUGUGGCCAGGCAUUAGAAACGUUUGUACCUGUAGGAAUUUACUGGAUGUUUGAUUAAAUGUAACCCAUCAGAAAGAACCCCCAGUAAAAUAGGUCUCUGCACGUUAAUGUGACAGCAUAAGAGUUAAUGCGCCAAACCAGCCCCAAUUUACGUUCUUUUAGAUUCCCCUUAAAUACACGUUAAAGGUGCUAUGUUUAACUAAUGGCAAACGCCCAAAUCUGUAUCUUUUAUUUAGUUUUUUUUAUGUGUCUAUUAUUUUAGUAUUAAGGUGUGCGAUUGUAUGCAUAGUGACUUUAUUUUAUUAUCUACACUGCCCCCUCCCUGCCUUUUUAUUAUUUUUGUUAUUAGAAAAUGCUAUGUUUAGGUUUCACAUGCAGACGGCAGAGGUGGUGACUGGCACAGGAUGGCAAGUACUUGUAUCUGCAAGCGUCUUAUGCCUUUCCAAUUAAUACCUUGAACACUUGAUACAAGUUGUUAUGAAGUGGGUUCAGUAAAUCAGUGUUUGCCUGCACAGUCGUGGCCCUAUGCCUGCUGUAGGGAGCACAGUUGCCUGGGCUGCAAACUAAGUGCAAUAUGUAUUGAGGUUAAUGGCUAUCAACCACUAUUUCCGACCUCUAAGGCAGUCCGUUUUAACCAAUCAGCAUGCACCAUCAGAAAUUCUACAUUUAAGAAGCACGCAGGUGAGCUCAGAGAUUUGUUAAUGUGACACCUUGAAUUCAGGCCGCCCAGUGCUCCCGAAUUAUCACUAUCAUGGAAUGAAUCAAUCUAAUAUUACAAACUAUGUUGGGCGCAGUCCUGAACUGUGCAAUGAAAUGGAACAAUGAUGGAGUUUAGAAUUCGGAGAUUUACUGUGUAAAAGGUAUAACAAUAUUUUUAGAUAAUGAAUGGAAUUCCCCAGUCUGAAUAAAACAACAGUAUUAAUGCCUUCACUGCCAGUAAUGCUCACUCCAAAUUUAGGGAUCUCAAGUUCCCGGCGUAUUGUUCCCCGUUAUUAGUAUUUCUAAAGCUUUUUUUUCAGCAUAUACUACACGUCCAUAUUUGGUUUUAUAUUUGUAUUUUUUUGUUUUUUAUUCUAUAAACAACCAAAUAAAAAAAAAAACUAUAA